AUGAUAGAGUCCUUCAUGGGAAUAAUGAUUGUCACGAUGUAUGAAAUUAGAUUAGCCUUAAGAGGUGAAAAGGUCGAUUCAUUAUCUCUUAUCUUAGCUUUUGCAAUGCUUAUCUCAUAUUUUAUAUUCUAUUGCUUUGUAUGGUCGAUAUGUUUCUGUGUAUUUAUUGAAAGACAUGAAGCUUACAGAAAAGUUACCUGCUCGGAAGGCCUUGAUGAUUAUGAAAAAUAUGGAAAUAAGAAUGAUGAAGAUAAUGAGAUUCAAAAUAAUAAUGAUGCUGAGAAUAAGAAUAAUCAAAAAGAUUUAGAAGAAAUAGAAGAAGAGCCUGUUUUUUAUGAAGAAUUACUUGCAGAUUUGAGAGGAGAGCCAUUUGCUGUAUUCCAUAUCCCUCUUGUACUCACCAGAAUUCUUGUUUUCACCUUCUUGAUCAUAAUGUUUGAUAGUUUCUCAAAAGGAACUCUUCCAUUCUUGUUCUUAUUUCUUCUCUCAUUCCAGAUUUAUUACCUAUUCCAAUCAAUAAUGGCUCCUAAAUUUGAAUGGUGGCCUCUCAGCAACAUAUACAGGAUAAAUGAGUGAUUCCUUUUGGUAUUCAUCCUCGUAUUUUCAAUGAUGAAGUCAAAGGAAUACUAUGACGAAUGUGAGUUAUUCCUAAUCUUUUCUAGACACUUCUGCAUCAUUCAUAGUCAUACUAAUUUUUGCGAACACAUCUGCUGUAAUCUUCCUCCAAUUGGUAUCCUUUGAGGCUUUAUAUCUAGUGCGGAAAUUACAUCCAAGGAAAGAAGGUGUAUCAAGAGAUUAAGCAAUAUUUCGCAAAUGAACCAAAGGUAAUUCUUGAGUAUUAUAACAGAGAAUAAGACUUAUGUUAAAUCUGAAUGGUUACGGUUUACCAUUGACGGAUUAUUUGAUAGAUAACUGGCUAAUUAUUGGGAAAUUUAGUGACUCAGGUUGAUAAAUUAAUGGUUGGGGUUGAUAUUGCCUCUUUGGUAUAAGUUUAUGUGAGGUGGCUAAAGAUCUCUGAAAAGAGAAGCUAAUUUUUCACCUUGUUUUUGGUUUGAAGAGUUAUUAAAGAGAUAUUGCUAUCAAGUCUGACU